AUGCCGAUGCUGUACCGACCUCUCUCAAGUUCCUCAAACUUUACAGAGAUACGCCUUCUCACGGUACUACCGGCAGAGGACAUCACUGACCCUGUUCGUUGUCAUUUGACCGUCACAGAUCGGAGUGGUUGCUCAGCCUACGAAGCCCUGUCCUACUGCUGGGGCGAUACUUCAUCGAAAUGCGACAUUGAGAUCAAUGGACAACCUGUUGAUGUGACGCAGAAUCUUCUCUGUGCUUUGCAGCAUCUGCGAACCUCAGACUCGUCCAGGAUAUUGUGGGUCGACGCUAUAUGCAUCAACCAAGAUGAUGAUGUCGAAAAGUCCAGACAGGUUCUGCUGAUGCGAGAUAUCUUCAAGAGCGCGAGCCAGGUUAUCGUAUGGCUCGGUCCCACCGCUACGGAUAGCAGCCUGGGAUUUGAGGCCCUGAAAAGGUGCCUCGCUUGGUAUCCUGAGCUAGAAAGAAGUUUUUCAUCGGACGCGUUGGGCACCAUAAGAUUUGGACUUCUAGAAAGAUUUUUGCGGCGCUUGGGUGUGUCGCCAGUUUUGCAACCGGAUGUCAAGAAGCAGUAUGCCUCGUGCUACCAACUCCACCAACCAGAGCUGGCUGCUAUACGUGGGCUGCUGGAACGGGAAUACUGGACGAGGCUCUGGGUCGUCCAAGAAGUGUGUGUCGCCUCCCAAAUUGUCGUCGUCUGUGGUCACCUGACCAUGAUAGGCGAUGAGUUCACCAACGCUUGCAAAGUUGCCCUAGGACCUGGUGGCCUAUUGCAGGAGCUUGGUGCCCCUCUUUGGCUUUCUUGUGUAGUUGGCCUGGCAAAACUACGAGGCCUCUUUCGAGAUGAAGCAUCUGCCGCGAACUCUACUCAGGCUCCAAGCACAGAAUCGAUAGCCGAAAUUGGGAACGACCAUGCAGCCAACAGUGAUGCUAGCCUUCAACGUAUCUUGGACAUUGGCUCCAGUUUCAGCUGCACCGAUCCUCACGACAAGGUAUAUGGACUACUCGGAUUGGCAACUGCCCCAUCCAUCAUACCGGACUACAACCUGCCUUUGGCAACCUGUUACCAAAACAUCACAACGAGCUUGAUUACAAAUAUGGAAAAUCUCGAUGUAUUUACCAGGUUUGAUGCGCACUAUAACCUACGAACUACAGCCGAACUCCCCUCCUGGGUUGUUGAUCUCAACCUCGAUCUCAGCAGUUGGGAACACCAUUCGUGGGGCCCGGCCAGCCCAUUCAAGUAUCAUUUGGCGUUGGCGUCGUUGGCCUCAAUUAUUUUAGAUAAAAUGAAGGUGACGGAAAGAGAGCCCGAGUUCAAUGCAUCUGGGUCCUCUACUACCGUCUUGCCCAAGGUCAUCGAAGAUUCCAUCCUGGUUCUGGAGGGCCACACGAACGAUCAUAUAGCUGUUCUUGGUUCCCAGCUGGAUGGACGGCUUGAUGGCGAUAAUGAGGAAUCAUGGCGGUUUUUUUCUGAAGAAAACCGGGCGCAUUCAUUAUAUAAUCGCUGUCGCCUCUUCAUUCAGCAAUGUCUGCGCACCAGUUGCUGGGUCGACGUUCUCAUGCAAUGGGAGGAUAUUGCGAUGAAGGAUCCAAUGAUGUCUAGACAACAGAACACGGAAGCAUUCUGCCGUCUUCUCCAAAUGGCUCACCCCUCAGCAGACCUGACAAUUCAGGUUGGUUUGUAUGAGGAGGCGUGGGGAUCUUUGAUUAGUUGGCUGCGCAUCCUUCGUCCAUUGAAACUAUUCGGAGCUGGUCGUGGACUGAAUCCCUACCACCUGGUUGCUGGGUUGAUAUCGUAUUUCUCAACAACACGCUCAGAGUCGAAGACGCACCUAGUCUUGUUUGUUGAUCGAGUUUUGAGAGGCUUCAAAGUUGCCCGGACUGCGAAGGGGAGGCUGGCAUUGGUAUCGGUGCGAACACAACACGAUGACAAGGUCAUCUUGCUCAGCGGUGGCAAGACUCCUUUUAUUGCAAGGGCCAAAAAUGGUAGAUGGGAGUUCAUCGGGCCUUGUUAUGUCGACGGCAUCAUGCUUGGCGAAGACUGGAGACAAGAUCAUCAGCAAAAUUUUGAGUUCCUCUAG